AAUGAUGGCCGAUCAUAUGGAAGAACCGCCCCAGAAGCGGGUAAAAAUGGAUGAUUUGUUUUUAUUGGAAGAAAAUUUACCCGAUGAGUUAGUAUCUUCUUGGGCUGAUCCAGGUACAGGUGGCCCAAAUGGUCCACCCAAUCAUGGCAUGGGUGUAAAUGUAGUUGGUGGUCCUAAUAAACCACCGGCACAAGGGCCUGGACCAGGUGGUCCUGGUCCACAAUUAAAUGGCUCAGUCGAUGAUGGCAGUGUUGGUAAUCAAGGUCCAGGUGCUGGUAAUCCCUUAAGACAAAUGCAACAUCAUCAACAUUUACAACAUCUGCUACAGCAACAGGGUAAUAAAAAUCCUGGUAUGGUUGGUAACCCCAUGGGUGCCGGUGGCAUGAACCAAUUAGGCAGCAAGUCACCUAAUCUUCAGUCACCUAACACAGGCGGCAUGCAAGUAAAUGUCGGCCAAAUGUGUGGCAUGGUAAACUCAAUGCCAAUGUCAAUUUCUAAUAAUGGCUCACAAAUGAAUUCAAUGCCAGGCAUGAACACUAUUGCUCAAGGUAAUAUGGGUAAUAUGGUGCUAACCAAUAGUGGUAUGGGUGGCAUGGGUUCGGGUAUGAUAAAACAACAAAUUGGUUCCGGUCCAGGUGGUAUGAUGAAUGCUGGACCUGGCGUUGGACCUGUUGGUCCCGGUAACAUGGGUCCCGGCAGUGUGGGUGGACCCAAUCAAGGAAUGCAUAUGGGAGGACCAGGUCAUCCACAAGUAAUGCAAAAUGGACCUAUGAUGCGAAUGGUUGGACAACAGCACAUGAUACGUGGUCCAAAUCCACAUCUAAUGAGUGGAAAUGGUCCUGGCGGCGUUGGUGGUGGUGGUCCACGUAUGCAAAAUCCCAAUAUGCAAAUGGGUCAAAUGAAUAAUAUGGUUGGUGGCGGUGUUGGCCCGAAUGGACCCUAUGGCGGUGGGGUUGGAGUCGGUGUCGGCAACGUUGGUAAUUAUGGUGGACCAGGAGGUCCUCAGGGCGGUAUUAAUGUAAACGCCAAUAAUCCACAACAACAAAUGUUAGCACAACAAAUGGCAGCACAACAUGGAGGCGUACCACCAAAUAUGACGGCUGCUAUGCAACAGGGCAAUCGUGGACCUGGCGGUGUUCCAAUCGGUAUGGGUGGUGGAGGCGUCGGCGGAGAUGGCAGUGGUGCUGGUUUAAUCAGCGGUCCUCAGCAACAAAUGAACAACGCUCAAAUGAAUCCUAACCAACAGCAAAACCCACAAGGCGGCUUAAUGGGUCCUGGCGGUAUGGGUAUUCGACCACCACAGGGUGGUGUGGGACCAGGCGGUCCACAACAAAACACCAUGAUGCUUCCGCAACAGCAGCAACAACAACAGCAACAAGGUCCAGGGACUUCGCAACAGGGAGGUAAUGCUGGUGGAGGAGCCGCAGGAGGAAGCGGUACCGGCGGUACAACCAAUCAACAUAUCACGGAUGAGCGAAAAAAACAAAUCCAACAACAACUUAUGUUGUUACUUCACGCCCAUAAGUGUAACCGUCGCGAUAGUAUCAACCCGAAUCGUGAGAAAUGUAAUGUUCCGUAUUGUAAGCCAAUGCAGGAUGUAUUGACGCACAUGGCAACAUGCAAACAGAGCCGAGACUGUACUGUUCAACACUGUAUAUCGUCACGUCAAAUUUUGUUGCAUUACAAAACGUGUUCACGUCCGGAUUGCGUAAUAUGUUACCCAUUCCGUCAAAGCCACGCAUACCAGAAUAACAAUCCAAACGCAAGCGGAGCUGGUAAUACUGGCCCGAACAAUGCCAAUCAACAACAACAGCAACAAGGCCAACAAAACGCUAAUGACAAACAAGGUCCUGGCGUUAUUGGUCCUCAGCACGUGGGCGGACCGCAACAGACAGGUGGUGUACAACAAGUUGGUGGUGCUCCAAAUGUUGCUGCAGGAGGAGCGGGAAUGUCUGGUCCGGGAGUUGGUCCCAAUCAGGGUCAAAUGAAUAUGAAAUCCAAUACAGAUAUUAAUCAACAAAUGCAAAAUGCCGGCCAAAAUCCGAAUCAGGAAAUACGCCGAUUCGACAGUAUGGGAAUGCAAGGUGCUGUAGGAAACGCCGGUGGUCCCAAUAACAUGCUGCAGGGCAAUUCUGUGAAUCCACAACAACAACAAAUGCAAGGUAUUCGGAUGGCAGGUGUACCACAACCAGUACGUGUUAUGUCCGCUCAAGUGGGUGCUCCUGGCGGAGGUGUUCCCAUUGGACCUACAUCUGGUGGCAAUAGUGAUCAAGUCGCUAUGCGUCAAGUGGUAAACAAUUUACUAAUAAGUGGUAGCGGUAAUGGCGCAGUUCCAGAUGGUAUUCAAAAUCAACAACAACAACAGCAGCAACAAAUGAUGCUGCAGAAUGCAGGACCACGACCCACACCUCGACUAUCCGAUUUACUAAAACCGGGGGCAAAACUACCGACAGAUCCCAAUCAAGUUCAGCAAAAUGCCGUAAAUCAACAGCAGCAGCAACAAUCGAACAUUCCCCUAUCGGUUAAUGUACAUAAUAAUUUUAACAAUGCUAAUUUAAAUACGCUUUUGGGAGGUGGAAAUUCUGGUGAUAUGGGCGGCCCUGUUGCUGGUGGACCACCAAACAAACUAUUAACACCGCAAGAAAUGGCUAAAAUGAAAAUGCAGGCUCAGGCUGUCGGUGUUAAUAGCGGUCCAAACAAUACUCCACCAAACAAUGUAUCGGCGGCAGGAAACACCAACACUGCAGGCGUUAUGAGUGGAGCAGUAUCGAAUGUAGCGGGAAAUAAUGCUGUACCCGGCGGCGUUUCAGCGAAUGCUCAGAAUGCGGGUGCUCCUGGAGGCAGUGGCGGUAAUAAUGGUGGAAGUGAAGAAAACAAAGAUUGGCGAGAACUCGUUACUGAUGACCUUCGCAAACAUUUGGUACACAAACUAGUUCAAGCAAUAUUCCCUACAUCUGACCCAGCUACAAUGCUAGACAAACGCAUGCACAACCUCGUCUCAUAUGCGGAAAAAGUUGAGAGAGACAUGUAUGAAAUGGCUAACUCGCGAUCAGAGUAUUAUCAUCUACUGGCUGAAAAGAUCUAUAAAAUCCAAAAGGAGUUGGAAGAGAAACGUAUCAAAAGGAAAGAGCAGCAGUUGCUUCAAAUGCAACAACAGCAACAGGGCGGUGGUGCUGGUGGAGCCGGUCCCAGUAAUGUAGGCGCAGCUGGUGGUGGAGGUGUGGGUUUACCGGUUGGUGGUCAGCAAUUACCUCCAGGACAUCCACAAGCGCAACAGCAGUUACAGCAACAGAUACGACCUAUGGUAAGCCCAAUGGGCGGAGCUGUUGGUCCGGGCGGACCUGGCCCAAACCAAGGAAUGCCAAUUGGUGCAGCAGGCAUGAUGCAGCAACUAAGAGGCCAAACACCUGGUAAUGUAGGUGGUAUGAUGCCCGGUCAAAAUAUGACCGGCAUGCGUAGUCACUCUCCCGGUGGAAAUAUUCUGGCAUUACAACAGCAACAACAACGAAUGCAAUUUCCUCAACAACAAGGUAACAUGCUAGUUGGUCCACCUGGUCCUAGUCCUGGCGGCAAUAGUAUGAGUAGUGGCGGUAUACCAACAUCACAGCAAAACAUGGUGGUACCAAACCCAGUUUUAUCUCCUUUUACGGGUCAAGCGAUGCAAGGUCAACCCGGAACAGGCGGUGUUGCAGGAGUUCUAACAAGCCCAAUACCGGGUCAACAACAGCAGUUCAUGAAUUCUAAUGGAGGAACGGGUGCGCAUACUACGCAGCAACUGAAUGAGAUAAUGAAGCAACGAAUGCUGCAACAGCAACAGCAGCAGCAACAACAGCAGCAAAGUGGAAUGCUUUUGCCUCAAUCUCCAUUCAAUAACAGCAACUCCCAAAUGCAACAACAGAAUACCUUCACAUCACCAAUGUCCCAGCAGCAGCAACAACAACAGCAGCAAAAACAAAAUAUGAUGUCGACUGCCGGCAUGGGAAAUAUGCCUCCAACACCAACAAGUUUAGAGUCGCUGACAGCAGCUAGUGCGGCGGGUCCAACUGGUGUAACUAAUAGUACAGCAUCCGCGACAGUAGGUGCCGCAGGCGGCAUGGUAGCGGCACCAAGUCCAUCGCCUAACUUUGCAUCAAACGGACCGUUGGGAACGCCGUUAAAUAAUCCGCCUUCAGUACCGUCUCUUAUGCAAUCUCUUGGUGAUCGAGGAAGCACACCACCCUUGAAUCCUACAUCUCCCGCCUCUGCAAAUACUGUGUCCACAGGAGUUUCAGGUGCGAGUAGCUCUGGCAGUGGAGUACAACCACCACCACCAACAUCAACACCCACGUCUGUAUCAACAUGUUCGUCGACUGGCUCAACUUCAACAACCACCACAACUACAACAGCGUCAUCAUCAUCAACUUCAUCCUCAACAUCUACUACCUCUAUAACAGCAACAUCGGGAGCAGUAACAGUCACAUCUUCAUCAAUGGCGUUGUCUUCGUCAGCCGAAGCAAGUGUUUCUAGCAACGGCCUUGCACAAAAUCAACAACAAAUGUCUACUAUGGGAAAGGGAAGUGCUGGAACAACUUCUACCUCAACUACCAGUACAUCGUUGUCGUCGACACGUCCCUCAACCAGCAGCAGCAAUAGUCUUUCGUCACAAAUGGCGGCACUCGAGGCAGCGGCUCGCGAUAAUGAUGACGAUCCUCCAACAUCUCCGAAUGGGGACUCCCAAAAUGCAGGUGGUGGAAAAUCUUCCAAAGGCAAGUUGGAUUCCAUUAAACAAGAAGAUGAUAUUAAGAAAGAGUUCAUGGAUGAUGGAAGUGGAGGUGAUAACUCGCAACAUGAAUCUUCAGCGGGCGUUGGCAAAAAUGUCAACAACGAUGGCACUGCCAAAUUAGAAAUAAAAAACGAGGACGGCGACGUAAAGAUUAAAACCGAGCCAAUGGAAGUUGAAGAUUCUAAUGCAAAUGCGGGCGGCGCAGAUACUGCAAUGAGUUCAUCUGGAGAUAAUAAAGAUAAUAUUAAAACAAUGACAGAUGGCAGCAAUGCUAGUGGAGAUGUUAAAGUAAAAAAUGAAACAAAACCUGUUGUACCAGAGCCCCUUAUGCCUAAUGCUGGUGAUAAAAAGAAGAAAUGUGUUUUCGACCCUGAAGAACUGAAGCAAGCUUUAUUACCGACAUUAGAAAAACUCAUACGACAUGAGCCCGAAUCAGUGCCAUUCCGUUGUCCAGUUGACCCACAAGUACUCGGUAUUCCUGACUACUUUGAGAUUAUUAAAAAGCCAAUGGAUUUAGGAUCAAUACGAAACAAUCUUAUGAAUGGAAAAUACAAUGAUCCCUGGGAAUAUGUGGACGAUGUUUGGUUAAUGUUUGAUAAUGCAUGGUUAUAUAAUCGUAAAUCAUCAAAAGUUUACAAAUAUUGUACAAAGCUUUCUGAAGUAUUUGAACAAGAAAUAGAUCCUGUCAUGCAGGCUUUAGGCUAUUGUUGUGGUCGCAAAUACACAUUUAAUCCUCAAGUGUUAUGCUGUUAUGGUAAACAGCUUUGUACUAUACCUAGAGAUGCCAAAUACUACAGUUAUCAAAAUAGUCUAAAGGAUUAUGGCGUAUCCUCAAACAGAUAUACCUUCUGCCAGAAAUGUUUCAAUGACAUUCAAGGGGACACUGUUACUCUCGGUGAUGAUCCAUUGCAAUCUCAAACUCAAAUUAAAAAGGAUCAAUUUAAAGAGAUGAAAAAUGAUCAUCUUGAACUAGAACCAUUUGUCGAUUGCAUGGAGUGUGGUCGAAAGCAACAUCAAAUUUGUGUUUUAUGGUUAGAUUCAAUAUGGCCAGGCGGAUUUGUUUGUGACAAUUGUUUACAAAAGAAAGAUUCUAAACGAAAAGAAAAUAAAUUUAAUGCCAAACGUUUACCCACAACAAAACUGGGUAUUUAUAUAGAGACGCGUGUAAAUAAUUUCCUUAAGAAGAAAGAAGCUGGUGCUGGUGAAGUUCAUAUACGUGUGGUAUCCUCAUCGGAUAAGUGUGUAGAAGUAAAACCUGGUAUGCGCAGAAGAUUUGUUGAAAAUGCCGAGAUGAACGCAGAAUUCCCCUACAGAGCCAAAGCAUUAUUUGCCUUCGAAGAGGUCGACGGUAUAGAUGUAUGUUUCUUUGGUAUGCAUGUCCAAGAGUAUGGAUCGGAAUGUCCGGCACCGAAUACAAGGCGUGUUUACAUUGCCUACUUGGAUUCUGUGCAUUUCUUUAGACCAAGACAAUAUCGUACAGCAGUAUAUCACGAAAUUCUGUUGGGUUAUAUGGAUUAUGUUAAACAACUGGGUUAUACAAUGGCUCACAUUUGGGCGUGUCCACCAUCGGAGGGCGAUGAUUACAUAUUCCACUGCCAUCCUACGGAUCAAAGAAUACCAAAACCCAAACGCUUGCAGGAAUGGUAUAAAAAGAUGUUGGAUAAGGGUAUGAUUGAACGUACCAUUCAGGAUUACAAGGAUAUUUUGAAACAAGCCAUUGAAGACAAAUUAACAUCAGCUGCCGAAUUGCCUUACUUCGAAGGUGAUUUUUGGCCCAAUGUUCUAGAGGAGAGCAUAAAGGAGUUGGACCAGGAAGAAGAGGAAAAACGAAAACAAGCAGAAGCCGCUGAAGCAGCAGCAGCUGCUGCCGCAAAUAUUUUCUCAAUGGAAGACACUGAAGUGAGUGGUGAUGGUAAAAAGAAAGGUCAAAAGAAGGCUAAAAAAUCCAACAAGUCUAAAGCUGCACAACGUAAAAGCAAUAAAAAAUCGAAUGAACAGCAAGCUGGUAAUGAUCUCUCUGCUAAAAUAUAUGCCACAAUGGAGAAACACAAAGAAGUGUUCUUUGUUAUACGUCUUCACUCUGCACAAUCUGCAGCCAGUUUAGCGCCCAUACAAGACCCUGAUCCAUUAUUAGCGUGUGAUCUAAUGGAUGGUCGUGAUGCAUUCCUUACCUUGGCUCGGGACAAGCACUAUGAAUUCUCAUCCUUGCGCAGGGCUCAAUUUUCGACUUUAUGCAUGUUGUACGAGUUACAUAAUCAAGGCCAAGAUAAAUUUGUUUAUACUUGCAACAAUUGUAAAACUGCAGUGGAAACUCGUUUCCAUUGUACAGUUUGUGAUGACUUUGAUUUGUGUACUUUAUGUAACGAAAAGAUUGGUCAUCCACAUAAAAUGGAAAAACUUGGUUUCGAUUUGGAUGACGGUUCUUCACCAGCCGACCAUAAACAAGCUAAUCCACAAGAAGCCCGCAAGCAAUCAAUACAACGUUGUAUUCAAUCAUUGGUACAUGCAUGUCAAUGUCGCGAUGCCAAUUGUCGUCUACCUUCUUGUCAGAAGAUGAAGAGAGUGGUACAACAUACCAAAAACUGCAAGAGGAAAACCAAUGGUGGUUGUCCUAUAUGUAAACAGUUGAUUGCUUUAUGUUGCUAUCAUGCCAAACAUUGUCAAGAACAAAAGUGUCCAGUGCCUUUCUGUCCCAACAUCAAACACAAACUCAAACAACAACAAUUACAACAAAAACUGCAACAACAACAACUGUUACGGCGUCGUGUGGCUCUUAUGUCUCGAACAGUUACCACCCCCGCAGCUUUACCCGGCCCAGCUGGUGCUGGUCCUGUUGUCGGUCCUGGCGGUGUACCAGUGGCAGCUGUAGCCUUACCUGGCGUUGGUGUUAAUCCUCCUGUGAUGAGUGGACCACCUGCUAUAAUGCCAGCGGGAGCAGGUGCCAUGAGUCCUUCUACGGUACCGGUACCCUCACCAGUGGCUGCACCAAUAGCAGGAGGAGGUAUGACAUCUCCACAUCCUCAUCAGCCCGGCAUUGGCAUGAAACCCGGUGGUGGUCAUUCACCUUCUCCUAAUGUACUACAAGUUGUUAAACAGGUUCAGGAAGAAGCUGCACGCCAACAAGUGCCUCAUGGUGGUGGUUUCGGUAAGGGUGGUGCUAUGGCUCCACCCGUUAUGCAACGUCAUCAUAUGGCUGGAUUACCGAAUCAAUCAAAUCCUGGAAUGGUAGGAAAUGUUGGUAAUGUUAGUGGCGUUGGCAAUGUCGGUCAGAUGGGACCCGGUGGAAGUAAUGUUAUGCUUAACAAUCUGCUGCCAAUGGAUCAGUGGGGUGCAAAUCGAUAUCCGAACAAUGCUAAUCAAGGCAUGCGCCAACCUAACCAAAAUCAAGUUAUGCAACAAAACGCAAUGCAACAACAGAAUAUGAUGGGUGGCAUGGUGGGAGCUGGAGGUUCGCAACAAAUGCCCGGUGGUACUGGAAAUAUGGCCGGUAAUACACAGGGUGUAGGCGGAAUGAGUGGUAAUGGAGGCAUGGUUCCUAUGGGUGCUUCGGGACCCAUGGGUGGCCCCGGAGGCAUACGUCCCCAGGGUCAACAUCCAAAUGCAGGCGGUGUUGGUGGUUCGGGUCAAAUGCCCAAUGGACCAUUAAACGCACAAUUAAAUACUCAACAGCUUGCUCAAAUCAUGCAAAAAAUUAAAAAUAAUCCCACCAAUGAAGGUCACCAACAAAUCCUACAAGUGCUUAAACAAAAUCCACAAAUAAUGGCUGCUAUUAUUAAACAAAGGCAACAGAGUCAAAAUAACAAUGCUGGUCAACAGGGUGGUGGAAGUGGUGGUGCUGCUGGAAAUGGUCCUCAACAACAACAGCAGCAACAACAGGUUAUGCAGCAGCAACAGCAACAACAGCAAAUGCAACAUAUGAUGAAUCAGCAACAAAUGCCUCAAACCAAUCAACAGCAAGUAAUGAUGCAAGCCCAACAACAAAAUCCUGGUCAACAUCAACGCAUGCCAGGAAUGCAAAAUCCAAUGAUGAUGCAGCAACAGCAACAAGGACAAGCCUCCAACUCACAAUGGUUUAAAAUGCAGAUGCGUCAAAUGCCUAAUUAUCCACCACCAUAUAGACAGCGUGCCCCACAACAGAUGGGUGGAGUUGGUACUGGUGGUCAGCAGUUUGGUGGUGUCGGUGGCUUUGGUGGAGCAGGAGGAGGGGUAGGAGGUCCCCCUGGAAACCCAGUCGAUCAGUAUGCAGUUAUGCAACAGGGACUGAAACCUUCACCUCAACAGCAGAUGGGAGGUGGUAUGCCAGGAGUGCAGCAACAGCAAAUGAUGCAAGGAGGCGGUGGCAUGGUAGGCGGACCAAAUGUUAUGGGACCACCCACGCCACACACGCUGCAACAACAACUAAUGCAAUCUUCAAGAUCAUCACCGCCCAUAAGAUCACCACAACCCACGCCCUCACCCCGCUCAGCACCCUCGCCGAGAGCUGGUCCCUCAGCUUCUCCAAGAGCACAACCAUCUCCGCACCACGUAAUGAGCCACUCACCUGCGCCUCAAGCACCUCAUGAUGGUUUACACAAUCAUGGAGGAAUGCACCCACAUCAAUCACCAUUGCCAGGCGUACCGCAAGAUGUCGGCGUGGGUGGUGUUGGAGGAGUGGGUGGCGUAGUCGGUGGUCCCGGAGGCCCUGUCUCCGAUGCCUCCGAUCAACUGACCAAAUUUGUAGAACAACUUUAGUGUAAUUAGCUAAUGGCAGCGGCUCAAGCCUUCCAAUCACCUCCCCAACCCCAACCUCCUCCAUCUCCCCAUAGCAGCCGCUUUAAUAUAAAUCAUCAACAACACAGAUAUUUUUAGAAACAACCCAACAAACCCACUACUUAUUUCUGUAAAAAACACUACACAAAAUUAAAAUUAUCAAUUUAUACAAUGACAUUUUAAAACAAAAUUAGUUUUCAUUUAAAAAUUAGCAACAUUACUUGCGUUAAGAUCACCCAAUGUCUUAGAAAGAAAAGUUUUGAUUGUUCACUCACAUUUCCCUUAUUUUAUUUUUUUUGUUCAACAUUUUUUGUUUGCGUAAUUUAAGUUUCAUAUUAUAACAUUUAAAAUGUUUUUAUGAGUAUAAUAAUUUUUAAUACAAUUAAAAAGUUGGAAAAAGUAAUUUUCUUUGUUUAUUAUAAUAAUUUCCAUAGUGGUUUCAGUUGUCAUGCUUUUCCACACAUUAUUAUUAUUAUUUUUUUUUAUUAAUUUGGUUUUGUUUUAAUAUUAAAUGAUAAAAAAAAUCUUCCUUCCAAACGUAAUUUUAUAUAUAGUUAUACAUUGUUUUCUUUAGUUUUCACCAAUUG